AAAUGGUGAGCUUCGAAUUCAAUGGAAAACGCCGCGAUUUCGAAAAUUUCGAGAAGGCUCAAGAAUGGGGCGAUGAACGAGUUUUAAAAAUUGAUGAUGAGUGUGGAAAUAAAUGGCUCUUAUUAAGAAAUUUCAAAACAUCAGACAGAUUUGGGCAGACCAUCGCGCCAGGAAUUUUGGCGGAAAUUCGGGAGUUGGAUGCUGAAAAGCUUGCAAUCCAGUCAUUUUUGGAUAUUGCCAAAGAUGAUCAAUGAUAAUCAAUGGUAAUUGUUGGAGCUCUCCGUCGAUCGUGUUCUUCAAUUCAUGCUUUUCUUCUUCGUUUCGUUUUUUAGUUCGUGCACCAGAGGCAUAUUUUGUUAUUACUGUGUUACUUGUACAACAUUGUUUCUCCAACGGUUUUUCUCUUUCUUCCAGUCGGUUGAGUGCAAAAUUGAUGUAACAUCAUAAUACAACUUUUCAAUAAAACAUUUU